CAUACAGACAUUAUCUUCUCACAAACACACUCUCUUCUCACACACUGUCAGACACUCUGUUCUCACACACUGUCAGACACUCUCGCGGCUGUAUUCAUUACUGUCUGUUGCUCUUUCAAAACACAGGAACAGGGACAGGAGCAGAAUGACUGGGCUUUAGCCUGGUGGAGGGGAACGUUUCCCCAGACUGAGGACACACUGGGACUACUGGACUGGACUACUGUACCACUACCACCCUCAUGACGAAUGAAGUGACAGGAGAGAACAGACAGCAGGACAGAGACAUCUCCCCUGCUGAGCUGGAUGCACUAUGGAGAGAACCACCGUACACGCUAGCGGGAACCAAUGAGCACUUCCCAGGAAAUGAUGUUAUGAAUCCAGGGGUGGAAGGGCUGGGGGUGGAGUCUGGGGGUGGGGAGGCGGAGCCGUACAGUUACUGGAAGAGGAAGGAGGAGUUCACCAGAGGAAGCACCGUGUCACUGGCCGUGGGAGAGAGGUUCUCCUCAGACGUGGUGCUGGUGUUCAGCGGUUGGCGGCGCUCAGGUGUAAUACCUGACACUGAACUACAGGAGGCGCUCCGUACCAGACUCAGGGUCGUCGAGAGCAACAGUCAGGAUGUCAUCCAGCUCUUCAAGGACCUGUCUGCCCGUCUGCUGUCUGUCCACGCUGAGAAGGACAGCUUUGUCAUCACCUUCAAGACUGUGGAGGAGAUGUGGAAGUUCUCUACCUACCUGGCUCUGGGCUAUGUGGCGCGGUGCCUGGAGAAUUUCCUGUGUGACCAGUCGUUCUGGCUGGACACUGAGCUGCUGAGGGACUUGGAGAUCACUGUGACUGUAGACGAGGAACACCUGGCAACACUCUACCUGGGACUGCUGCUGCAGGAGGGGUCGUUCUUUGCCAAGGCGCUGGUGAGCAGUGGUGAGCACAGUGAUGAGGAGGAGGAGCUGUGUUUCAGACGAAAUGACUUGCUGAUGGUUAGAGACACGGGGCAGGACAGUCACUGGGAGGGCACCCUUCUCUCCACCGGACAACACGGACUAGUGCCUGUCAACAACAUGCAACCGCUGCCAUACCCCUUUUACCAGUGGUUCCUGAGGAAGUACCCUGGCUGUGCUGGAUGCUCCCCUUCAGAGAGAGGACAGUUUGACCACCCUAUAGUAACUGGUUCCUGUGAGGCUGUAGUGGACCAUAACCCAGUAGGAUAUGAUGAGCUCCAGCUGAGUCGAGGUGACCUGAUUGAGAUACAGGGGAUGCUACUCCGAGGUCUGGACCUGUUCAUAGGAACACACUGCUCUACAGGAAACACCGGCUUCGUACACAAGGCUCACGUGAAGCCACUCAACGCCAAACCACUAGAUGGACAACUUGUGUUUCUGAGUGAGGAGGAACGUGCGUCUCUGUCCCAGGUUAACCCCUGUAGUACUGAGCCCAGAGACAGUGACCUCCUAGAGAGACUCUUCUCCUCUGACAUCAGUACUGUCUACAGACUAGACAGACUGGAUCAGUCUGACUUUACGUACAUCAGAAACCAACCUAAACAAGAACAUAAGCCCCCCACCAGUAGCCGGCAGUCCAUCAUCUCAGAGAAGAGUGACGCUACACUCCCAUACCACUUCUCCUACGCAUCCCAGAAUGCUUUAGGGCGUGGCAGUGACGGGGAGCUGCUGUCCUUCAGUCUGGACGACACCUUCAGAGAGAUGAACGAGUUCCAGGAUGACCCAACCCUUUUCCUGGAGGAGGGGGAGGAGUCGGAGGUCUGUGACCCCACCUUGACCCUGCUCAACAUGCAUCACUUUCAGGAGGACUUCCUGCCCCUUUAUGACCUCCACCACUCAUUCCUGUGGCUGACGUUCUCAGGGCAGAGUGAGGAGGAGUUACUGGGCCACCUGGAGAUUGUCAGGGAGGGGGCCAAGAGAACGGGCAUGGACUGGGCACACCGACGGGCAUGCUUCCUACUGGGGAGGCUCUGCGCCAAGAAGCUCAAGUACUCCCAGGCCCGUGUGUAUUACGAGGAAGCCCUUGGAGUCUCCGUCGACGGUUUCUCUGACCUCCCUCUCCUCAUCGCCCUGUACACCAACCUCACAGCCAUCUACCUCAAACAGAAGAUGGCCGACAAGCUGCCCCCGACCCUGGAGAAGGCCAGUGCUCUGCUCCUCUGCCUCCCCAACCACAGCUUCACCUCCCUGGAUGAGUUUGAGCUGCUGAAGCUGGUGCUGCGGAGGUCUGUGGUGGAAGGGGACAAACACCUGGAGGCACGGGCCUGCUAUCUCACCGCCAGCCUCUUCCUCCUCCUUAGAAAGAUAGAUGAUGCCCUGCCCUUCGCAGAGCGUCUCCAGUUCCUCACCGUUACCCUGUCUGCUGAGGAGGGGCGCCCCAUCGCCCCCCUGGACCUCAACUGGCUUCUGUCCCGUCUCUACAACCGUAAAUACAUGCCCUACCUGGCCCUGGCAUCACUCAGCCUGGACACUGGACAUGAUCACUCACUACAGGAUGCCUUCCACAGGAUAGAACUGUUCAGCAGGAACUCGGUGCGUCUGAACCCGCGAUGGAAAGAGGGGACGUCUCUUCUCCCAGCCCAGAUCGUGGUGUACCUGCAGCAGGCUCUGGCAAUUGCGGAGCGGGGUGACGACCUUAAGACCCAGAGAGACCUAUGUCUGGGCCUGGCCUGUGUUUACCAGCAACACGGGGCCCUGGAGAAGGCCCUGCUCUGUGCCCAGCAGGCUGUACAGACCGGGGGAGGUAUCAACGAGGAGGAGGGGUUUGAGGCGUCAGUACUGCUGGGAUGGCUGUUAGUCUUGACGGGACAGCCUGAGAGGGCACAGAACACCUUGCAGCCACUAUUACAGUCUCUACAGGGAACCGACAGCCCGACCCAGAGGGGAGUGAUCCACAACCUGCUGGCUCUGUGUCUGCGGCAGCAGGGUGGCAUCCCCGAAGCUGGCAGCCACCUCCACUAUGCCCUCACCAUCUCCAGGGAGAGUGGCAACCAGAGGAACCAGGCCCUGGCCCUCGCCAACCUGGGCUGCCUGGCACUGGGCGUGGGGGCACCCACACUGGCAGAACGAUUCCUAUUCAGGUCUCUGUGGUUGUUCCUGGAGAUCUGGGAGAGUCCCGUUGACGAGGAACACGUCCAGACCUACCUAUGGUUGGGGCGGAGCUACAAGGACAGGGGGAGGAGCCAGGAUGCCAGGCUGUGUUAUGAGAUGGGCCUCCUCAUCUCCCUCCAGGCCAGGAAUCUACCCAGUCAGAUGGUGGUGGCUAAAGUCCUGAGUCGUCACUAUGCUGACGUGCUGCUGUAUGGACAGAGUAUCCUCUACUAUGAGCACUGUGUGUCUGUGUCCAGGGACCUGAAGGACAAGAGACUAGAGGGAGAAUAUCUAGAGAUCCUCAGUAGCCUCUAUCUGUCCCUCAAUACUGAGAAAUCAUCAAGGAAGUCUCUUGACUACAGUAAGCAGAGUCUGCGUAUCUCCAUCGACCUGGGGAAGAGAGAGGAAGAGUCAGAGACCUGGCUUCAGGUGGGACGCAUCUACUACCUCAUCCAUGAAGACGAACUGGCUGACAUGUACCUACAGGCGGCAGUGAAGACAGCCCUGAGGAUGAACGACCCACGCUUUGCCAUGAGUAUCUACGAGGAGGCAGGAGACGUCUUCUUCAAAGGCAACAGGAACAGACUGGCGUCACUGCCCUUCUACAGGGACGGCAGUCUCCCUUUUGCUCGGAGUAUCCGUGACAUCGACUCAGAGUUCAGACUGCUGAGUAAACUGACUGAACUGCUGAUGACCCAGGAAGAACAUGAAGAGGCUCUACAGUACGCCAUUCUGGCUGUACAGAUCAGCACCAAAACAGGUGUGUGUGUGAACGAGCGCGCAGCGUACCACCGUCUGGCUACAGUGUACUACAGUCUGGAGCAGUAUGAGAUGACAGAGAACUACUACCUCAAGUCUCUGUCUCUCAGCCCUGCUGUACUGCAGCACCCCCUGGAGGCUAGAUACUACACCAAGCUCUACUGCAGGCUGGGGGACCUGACCCUGCACAAACUAAAGGAUGCCUAUGACUCGAUGGGCUACUUUCAGCUUGCUCAGGCUGCUGCCCUGGAGGACCGUGCCAACCCACAGGCACUGUAUGUGGUCUACAUGAAGCUGGCAGAGAUCCAUGCCAACCACAUGCCAGACCCACUGCUCUGCCAGGCUUACAGGGACAGGGCACAGAGCCUGAGGAGGGAACUCUCUGGGCUAGGAGAGACGGAUGGGAGGGGAGGAAUGGCAGAGGGGAGGGGACGAGAGAUGGAGGGGCCCCAGAACUACAUCCACUACUGUCUACUGGUCAGGACCCAGUACUACAUCCACCACUGGCUACUGGUCAGGACCCAGAACUACAUCCACUACUGUCUACUGGUCAGGACCCAGUACUACAUCCACCACUGGCUACUGGUCAGGACCCAGAACUACAUCCACUACUGUCUACUGGUCAGGACCCAGUACUACAUCCACCACUGGCUACUGGUCAGGACCAAGAACUACAUCCACUACUGUCUACUGGUCAGGCCCCAGAACUACAACCACUACUGGCUACUGAACUACAUCCACUACUGUCUACUGGUCAGGCCCCAGUACUACAUCCACUACUGUCUACUGGUCAGGCCACAUAACUACAUCCACCACUGUCUACUGGUUAGGACCCAGAACUACAUCCACUACUGUCUACUGGUCAGGACCCAGAACUACAUUCACUACUGUCUACUGGUCAGGCCCCAGAACUACAUACACUACUGUCUACUGGUCAGGACCCAGAACUACAUCCACUACUGUCUACUGGUCAGGACCCAGUACUACAUCCACUACUGUCUACCGGUCAGGACCCAGAACUACAACCACUACUGUCUACUGGUCAGGACCCAGAACUACAUCCACUACUGUCUACCGGUCAGGACCCAGAACUACAACCACUACUGUCUACUGGUCAGGACCCAGAACUACAUACACUACUGUCUACUGCUGGAGCAACUGGGUACGGCCAUGAAGGAGGUCCUCCACAUUCUCCAUUGCCUUGACACCACCAGAGAGGCUAUCCAUACCUCUUACAGAGGGCCUCCAACCACGGGUCAUCACAGUGAGCCAUUACCUCAUCCUACCCAGCCGUCCACCCAGGUCAGCGAUGCCCAACUGUCCCUUCUGGAGAAGUAUGACAGUACUCCCAGCAGAAGCCCUGGCUUGCUACUCCAGUGCUCCCGCUAUUUCGCCUAUCAGAUGGGAGCCCCCACUACCAAGAGGUCCAAGAUUGCCACGGUCAUUUCCCUGCUGACCGGACGGGCGUUGGAGUGGACUAUGGCCAUCUGGGAGAGAGGAAGAGCUGAGUUCCUAUGA